GCUCCCUCCCUGCUCGCCUGAAGGUGGUCUUUCACUCAAGCGCACGAACGUUCCAGUCAAAGGAUGAUGCUGGCAACACAGAUUCUCUCCGGAGCAUUAGCGCUGCACUUAAUAAUUCUUUCCAUACAUUGCCUGCCAGUGCCCGAGAGGAAAAACACCAACAGGUACAAAGCCACGGCGGGAUGGCUCCAGAAGUCCCAUCAGUACACUCUGAAAAAGAGGGGCAAACCAAACCACCCUCAGGACACCCUGAAGGUGAAAGAGGGCUCCUAUGACAAGGAUGACCCUACAGGGACCGCCUUCCUGAAGAACGGCACCAAGUUCUGGAACCGGCCCCGCUGUGGCGUCCCAGACUACCCCGCGAAGAAGGGGGCAGUGUUUGCCGGCCGGCAGAGGCAGAAGAGAUUCGUCCUGUUCGGGGGCCGAUGGGAGAAGACUGACCUCACCUACAAGAUCGUCCGUUUCCCCUGGCAGAUGAGUGAGGACAAGGUACGCCGGGUGCUGAUGGAGGCCCUCCGGGUGUGGAGUGAUGUUACCCCACUCACCUUCUCUGAGGUCACCAGCGGGAAGGCUGACAUCAUGAUCGACUUCACAAGGUAUUGGCACGGAGACAACCUGCCCUUUGAUGGCCCCGGGGGAAUCCUGGCGCAUGCUUUCUUUCCCAGAACGCACCGUGCGGGCGACAUCCACUUCGACUACGAUGAAACGUGGACCGUUGGCAACAGCAUGGGUACGGAUCUUCUCCAGGUGGCAGCGCAUGAGUUCGGUCAUGUCCUGGGCCUGCAGCACUCCAUGGUUCCCGGGGCGGUGAUGUCGCCCUUCUACAGUUUCUCCUACCCGCUGCAGCUGAGCGAGGAUGACAAGCAGGGUAUUCAGUACCUGUAUGGCCCCCGGAGGACCACGGCGCCCCACGUCAGCACCGAGACCAACGAGAUCGACGUCGGCACACCGGACGCCUGCCACACGGACUUCGACGCGGUGUCCAUGAUCCGGGGGGAGCUGUUUUUCUUCAAGUCGCGCUACGUCUGGCGCAUCCGGGACGGGCAGCUGCAGGAGGGGUACCCCGCACUGGCGUCCCGCCACUGGAGGGGCAUUCCCGAAAACAUCGACGCCGCCUUUGAGGACAAGGCCGGGAAUAUCUGGUUUUUCCAAGGCCAGAACUACUGGGUGUUUGACGCGGAGAGGCAGAUCACCGGGCCAGACUCCCUGCAGAGCCUGGGUCUGCCGGUCUCCGACAUCCAGGCUGCCCUCAUGUGGGGCGAAGACAAGAGCCAGAAGAUCUACUUCUUCAAGUCCGGGAGCUACUGGCGGUUCAACCCCCAGGAGAACCGGGUGGACACCGCCCACCCUCGCAACAUGCAGGACUGGAGGGGCAUUCCCAACGAUAUUGACGGUGCCUUUCAGGACCGAUACGGAUACGCCCACUUUCUCAGUGGGAGACAUUACUGGAAGUUUGACCCCGUGGAAGUGAAGGUACUGGAGGGAUAUCCUCGCUAUAUCGGCAUGGACUUUUUCGGCUGUAGAGCUUCCUAAUCGUUUGACCUCCGCUGCCGUCGAAGGGCAGCAUCACACCACACUGGCCAGGUGAAAUACGUGCAUCAGUCGCUUUUAUGUGUGUGGCCUACUGGUGCUAACGUCGUCCGCCUGGCUCAGUGCAAUGUCCUGUGAAUUUAAAACAAAGUAUCUCCACUGACGACCCAUGUAACGGCCCACUCUCAAUCUCCUUCUAUGGGAUAGACCUAACAUUCAAACUAACAAACAUUCUCACUUCAUAUUAGGUGAAACUCAUCUUCUGCAUCGAAAGGUAGAUAAACUAGUUACCUACUUGGUUUGUAAGUAAGAAAGCCAGUACACAACGCAUAAUGCAGGGAUUUCAAUUGUGAAUCUGUAUCUGACCUUAUUUAUCUUGGCUUUGCUCUGGACCUCCGACAGUUUGGACAUUACAGAACUCAAAUGGUUUCUUCUCAGGAAAAAAAAUGCACAUUUGCAUAUGUAGCUCUCACCUCAGUUUUUGGACUUCCUGUGCAGCUAUACUACUGUUUAUUUGUGUUCAUCAUAAAGGGUUAUGUUUUAGAGACUGGAACAGCACUGGAUCCAAAUCUGGCCCAAGCCAUCUGCGAAUGCAGUGAAUCAAUAACAAUAACACAUGCAACACCAUGUAACGCGUCCACUCAUGUGACAGGGUUAUUUCUCAAAAUAAAACACUUUGAAGAAUUCCAGUGUAAUUGUCCCAGUAUAGCAUGGGACGGGCUCUAACUGUUGCUGUUUCAUUCCUCAAAGCACAACCUUUCAAAUGUAGCAGCACAAGCGUACCUUAGCUGCGAGAGGGUACACAUGUUUUAGGAUUAUGGUUGCAAGAGUGGUAACACUUUUUACAAAUAAAAGGUGCUAAAAUACAUACGCCCACUGAUAAACAGGGAAAUUGUUCAUGUCCGUCAUUAAGCGUUUUUGAGUGCCUCUAGCGUAGCUGGUGUUACAGUUCUCAAAGGACAUGAUUGCCAUACUCUGCACUAAUCUAUACAUGAACAGAUCAGUGAUGAUCAGUGAUGCUCUCAUCUUUAUGUCCAGCUGUAUAUGAGGGAACAACUCAAACCGUGCAUUUUAAGUCCUCAGGAACAUGGCUUCUAAGAAAAUCCUCUAAAGCAAGUAACUUUGAAUUUUAAAAACAAAUGUGUCCUCUUUCCUCGUGGUGCUUCCAUUGGUGUCUGAUGUUCAAGAGAAGAGAGUGAGCCCUAAUUCCUGGCUUUAAUUAGCGACUGGUAUUAUUGUCAAACAAACCAUUUGGAUCAGUUUGCUUUUUGGUGUGUGUGCCAUGUGACAAAAUCUGCAGUGCAUCAGUGCUGGACACUGGUGGAAUUUUUUUGGUUUUCUAUGUAUUUUUUUACACUGUGUUAUACAACUCAUUGUGAUUUCUUUAUACCAUAUUGCUGAGGUAAGGAAACUUUAAAACCUUGUGGAAGCCACAGGUCACAUUGGUCUGCACUGUCAUUGCACUGGUAGUACUGACUAUACACUACACUUAAGAUAAAAUGUACAGCACCCAAACACUGUUAUGUUAACCAAUGAUUCUCUUAGACGUAAGCCUAUGUAUCUCUGAUCCUAACAUAAUCGGCUGUUUUUUUGUUUUGUUUUACGAUUG